UCCUCCCGCUGCUGUAUGUAGCUGUUCUAAUCUCUCCUGUAGCGUCUUUAUAAGCGGAGGUCCUCCUUCUCCUCCUCCCUCCUGCCGCAAUCUCUCUCCUCUAUCUUUAGCUCUGUACCACACGGGCAGCGGCUUAACGCUCUUCUUGAGUUUACGCUUUCAUCCCUAUUCGGGCCGGUUUGUAUCUCUCAAUCGUCCAUCCGACCCACACAGAUGAUGACACUCUGGAGCUUUUAUCUGCUGUCCUGGACUUGAGAAGCGCAGUGAAUGAUGUUGUUUUCCCCGAGUCGGAGCGCACGGCAAGCCCGGGCCUCCCUCCUUCUACCCGGGGUCUUGAUCUGCGUAAUCCUCGCCGCCGUCGGUGCGAGUAUGCCGGCAAACAAGUGCCCCGAUCACAUAGACUGUGCCAGGAUGCGGCGGCACUUAUCCAAAUCUGGAUCCUGCCACUGUGGCCCCUGCCUUACCCCAUUGGAGGAAGAUGAAUUGGGACUUUGUGUUGAUCACAGGAGACACAAUCCCCAGCACCACCUCCAAGUGAUCUCCUAUCAUGACGUUGAUGAAGAAAUCGACCAUCUGUCCUCUUUCAUUGCCAAGCAGCAAAUGUCAGAAGUCAAGCAGCCAGAGUCUCCUCUACAAUCCCGGUCAGAAUCGAAGCAGAAGAGUCUGCCCAAACCCACAACCAUAGAACUAACAACCAGCAGCCCAUCGACACCACAACACCACACUCCUAAAUCUCCCCAGCCAAUCACAAACUCGUCCGAUCGUCAUGGGCCGAUCGCUUCCCCCAACACUUCCAGAGACAGCCUGCUAGUCUUGAUGAUAUCUUUAUGCAUUAUUAUGGGGGCCAUGGCACUUAUUGUUGCUACCGUCUGCUGGAUCAGGUUACAGAGAGAAACUCAUCUGGCUCAGAAGGUGGAUUACCCUGCAUUUCAUGCAGCAGGCCCCGACCAUAACCAUACUUCUUCUGGGGAUAAAACACUGGCUCACAAUGCUCAGAUGUAUCACUACCAGCAUCAGAAACAACAGAUGCUCUCAAUGGAGAAACAUAAAGCAGAACCUAAAGUCUCAGAGUCUGGGGCCACAUCAGAUGAGGAGAAUGAAGAGGGAGAUUUCACUGUGUAUGAGUGCCCUGGACUGGCACCGACUGGAGAGAUGGAGGUGAAAAACCCACUGUUUGACGACUCCACCUUACACUCGCAGAGAAAUCAUAAGUGACCUGGACACACACACACACACACCCCUGCAUAAUUUUAGAAUAGGCCUAACACACCUAAAAGCAUUCCUCCAUAGGGUGAAGUUGCACCACUCAUGAAUGAUGACAUCGAAAAAACACUAUGACUGUAUUUUUCCUGGAACGUCUGAGCUGAUGCCCAGCCCCUCAGAACAAAGUGAAAAAAAUACCCAAACUCUAAAGAUACUGAAGAAGGGAUGGUAUGUAGACGAGCGAUGAAGUAACAGACAGCAGUGGUUAAGAGGUUUUCCUUGUACUCAGAUGCACAUAUAAAAACUCUUGCGCCGCAAACUCUCAGUGGAAACUCAAACCGUCCUUUUAAUGCGGUUUCUUUUCACCACACCUUUAUUCUUUAAGUCUGGUGUUUCUUCAAUAGCGUUUUAUGUCUCCUCCCUUUUAAAAUCACGUGUCACGUUAGGAAUCUUUAUAAGCGUCUCUUUCGGCUAGAUGUAAUUUUUUAAAGCAGUGUUCAUCUUUUUUGGGCAAAGCUGCCUUCAGAAGCGCACCUUCUUAUUAUUGUGUAUAAGAAAUACACAGUGGUCUCUCAUACAUUGUAAUUUGCCUCUCCUUAUCUGAAUAUUAUUUUCUUAUUGUCGACAUUUGCUUGUCUUUAUCAGUGCUGAUCUAAAACAACAUAAUAUAUUCUCUUUUUUUAAUUAAGAAGAGUUCUGUUUCAUUUUUGUCACUUUAGUAAUUUUUCCUCUGUAUGUUCUUCAAUGAAGUGUGAAGUCUCUUUAUCCCACUCUUAUCUCUUUUUUUUUUUUUUUUUUUUUCUUUGUAUCCCUCAGUAAAAAUCAAAAUGCAGUUUAUCUAAUGAUAUAAUGACUGUGGCAGGGAAUUAAAUACUAGUCACACUGAAAAAGAGAUGUUAUGGUUCCUGUGCUCAAGUCACUUUAGUGUAAAUAAAUAAAUAAAUAAAUAAACUUAAAUACAUGUAUUGUAUUAUAUUGUAUUUCCUUGAAGUGUAUGGGUGAUAAUGACAUUAUUGCAUAUGAGCUAUAAAACAAUCACAAUCUUGCAUACCAUCACAGCUGUGAUGAAUAUUAUAAUUCAAGAUUUGCUGUUAUAAUACUAUUAUUAUGGUCAUGUUUGGAUUAGGAUUGAAUUAUUAUUAUUUUUCACUUUUUUAACUUAAUUUUUUGCAAUAUAAUGCAUACGCACUACUGUUCAAAAGUUGGGGGUCGUUUUUUUUUUAAUGUUUAUGAAAGAAGGUUGCAUUUAUUUGAUCAAAAACAGUAAAAACGGUAAUCUAGUAAAAUAUUACUAUUUAAAAUAGCUGUUUUCAGCAUCAUUACUCUUCAGUGUCACAUGAUCCUUCAGAAAUCAUUCUAAUAUGCUGAUUUGCUGCUCAAGAAAGAGUUUGAAACAGAAUUUCUUGAUGAAUAGAAAGUUCAAAAUAUAUAUUUUUUUUUUUAUAUUAUAGAUGUAUGUACUGUCACUUUUUAACAGUUUAAUGCAUCCUUGCUGAAUAAAAGUUUCAAUUUCUUCCAAAAAAAACAAAAAAACAAUCUUACUGACCCCAAACUUUUGAGUGGUAUUGUAUUAAAUGGUAUUCAAAAUGAUUAAGAUGGUACAUGGCACAUAGAGGAAAUAUUUCAAGUAGGUAUUGGUUUGGUUAUUAAAAAGUUAAUACAUUUA